GACCUACGCGUUGUUUUACAGGAGUAAUCUCAACAUGAUCCUGUUAAUUGUCUUAAGCUUGUGUUGUGUUUUGUCAACACCAGUUUUAGGUACAGUAGUUCGCUUGACCGCUAGCCCUGCGGUUGUUGAUCUGGGUCUGACGUCAUUGACAGUGCGAUGUGACGUCAGCGACAGUAGCCAGAACAUCCUGUCAGCUGUUGUAGCCGUCAUAGUGUCACGUUCCGCCAACGAUUCCAGAAACUACACGGAGCUGGCGUCCUUGAACUUGUUCAUGGGUCCCCAGGUGCACGUGCUGACGUCAGAAGCUGUAACAGCCAACGGUUCCAUUCACAGCUACGGUCACUCUUUUCUAGAACUGCACUGGGUCAAGCCUACAUUAACGCAGGCUGGUCACUACAUAUGCACAGCUCAAGGACCGGAUGAAGUUGGACAUAACAUCAACAUGAUAGCCGACGCCUACGUCUCAACCAGACAACCAGGCAGUGACCAGCUCUUGGAAAGAAUCCGAGAAUUGGAUCUCGACUUGAAGCUGGCCAACGACAAACUGGCCCAGUUCAACAUGUCACUGGAAAACGUCGCUCAUGACGUCACCAACCUGUCAACACGCAUUGAAGCGAAUCGGCAGGAGAUUCUAAACAUUGCGGCAGUGAACAACAAACCCAUGUGGUUGUUUAGCAGAAACUACGUCGUCGGUAACUACUCCUACUCUGUUUCUAAAUACUACUACAGCAACGUUGCCACGGCGGAGACUUUGUGUAAUAUAUACGGCGGUUAUCUGGCUGAAAUAGACGACGCUGACGAAUACAAUGUCAUCAAGAAUUUCCUGAACAAUCCCCGAGAAGUAAACUACGUCUACACAGGAGCCUACGACGAAAGCCAGGAGGGUGUGUACAAGUUUAGACACAGCGACUCGCCAGUUUAUUUCUACAGGUGGGCGCCUGGUCAACCGAAGAACGGGACCGAGUACAACUGUGUCUACCUGGAAUCUAAUGUCGACUGGGAGAUGACGGUAUACAGGUGUCAUCUCUAUCCGCUGGCUAAAGAGGAGGUCCAUGCUUUGUGUGAGUUUCCGUCUAGAUUUAAAUAAUCUGACUCGUUCUGUGAUCAAAUAAAUUAAUAAAACAUAUAGUUAGUACUUUAUCAUAGUACAAGUAAAAUUGUUUAUAAUGCUCUUUUAUCUUAUGAGUUAUGCAGACUUAUAAUGUCAUGUGUUUGUUAAACAAUGGUAACUUGAGGAUUAAAAUUUCUUUAACUUAUUUUGUGACAAGAACGCCCUAAAAAUAAAUAGCAAUACAUGUGUAGUCAAUCAGACUGUAACAUUUUGACCAGCCUAAGAUUUAUCAAGAGCCGAGUGGAUGGUUGGUUUUCAAGUAUUACAGGAUAAAGACCUACAUCUACUUUCAUUAAAUUGUUACAACCUGUUCUUUUUUUAAAACUUCGUUAUUUUGUUUUUAAAACUUUAUUUCUGGAUAAGUAGUUGAAUCAAUGUUUUACAGUGUAAAUUGCAGUCUAUCUUUUUUAAAAUUUAAAGCAUCACGUAAUAAUUACAAGAAUAUAUAAUUUGUCUUAAAAUUGUUGUUUUAUUUACGAUUUGUGAUUAUUGAAAAUGUACAUUGAGUUUUGUCUUGUUUUGCUUAAUAAUAUAUCCUGAAUUUAUGUUGCGUAGUCAAUUUGGUUUUCUUUGCUGAUUUAAUAAUAUGUUAUAUUUUUCUUCCUUAAAAAUGAAUUUGUAUGCAUGAGGUUUAAACGUGUAAUUGCCGUUUUCGAUUUAACAUUUUUCUUUCCUCUUCUAUAUAUGAUUUUAUAAACUGUUAAUUAUAUAUUUUGUUUUCUUAGAGCUAAAUAUAUGUUUAAAUAUCACAUAGUACUUGUAAGUUACAUGUAAUUAUUGACUUCUUUUAUUGGUUAGACUAUUCUUUGACAUUAGCUUUUUUCGUGUAAAAUAAUGUAUGCAAUUGGUAAAAAAAACUAUUAUGUUAUUUAUUUUAAUAUAACCCAUUUGAUUGAAGAUGAUCAGUUUAAUUAACAGGUAGGUUUUUAGUUGUGCGAACCAUAUUUUCUAUAUUAUUAUUGCAGGCGAUAUAAAAUUGUUUGAAUCGUCUGUGCUUUGUUUUGAUCAUGUAAUAUAAAUGUUGAAACGUUUUAAAACAACUGCAUUCUAAUGUAACAAGUAAUUUGCAUAAAAUUAAUUUUGCGUGAGAUAAAAAUGAUAGUUUCGCCAUGUAGUAUGUGACACGAUAAGUGUUUAAUUGAAUGUAAUAAAAUUUUAAAAAAUCCGAAUAAUAGACUCUUAUUUUUAACUUAAACUUAUUCGUCUAUAAUACCCAAAUGUGAUACCUCGGCGUUUAUAUUAAGCUUUACUAUUUUAAGUCGUGUUUGAGAAAAAAAAAUAUUUUAUAAAUUUAAGCGCAUGAAAAUGCAUUCAUAAAAAUAAAUUUAAGUAUAAACAAAUUUUGUUUUAGUCGUUUUUUAACAAAACACUUUUACAAUUUAGAAUAAUACCAUUUAAAUAGCGCUUUUAAAACUUUUAAAUCAACGAAAUGCAAUUAUUUGCAAUUAAAUGUAUCCAAUGUUUAGUGUUUUACUGAUAAUACAGUUAUCUAAUGGCGUCAUCGAUUGUGGGUUAAAAAUAGAAUGAAAAAUCGAAUGUCGAAAAUGAUACACAAACUAACGACGUCAUCUACAAUAAAAUUCGCUUCCCACAUCUUACAAUUUUAGAAUAUGAAAUUAACUAUUCUAUUUCAAUUUCAUUUAAAUCUAUAUAUUACUUAUCAAGACGUAAGCCUACGCUAUAAAAUGUAUACAACUUUCUCGGCCACAAAUAAUAAAAAUAAAUUAGUUUAAAAACAACAAAAAUACAAUUGCAUAGCCAGGUUUUUUUAAGGAAUCAUUUAAGUCAAUUAAUCAAUGUGGGCAUUUAAUAUGGUGUUGUGUUAAUAUAAAUAAUGUACGCCUGUGUCAUUUUGCUUUAAAUUUUCUAAUAGGUAUUGGAAGUGUAUGUUAUAUUAAACGCGUCGGAUUUUGUAGCUGUUUAGUGACUUCUUUGCUUUGUUACUAAUAUCGUCCAACGUGUGGUAAAUCCCAUUGUAUUUUGAUCAAUAACUAUUUUAUAAUAUAUUUCUCAAACAAGUAUAUAGGCUUAUAAUUCACAUGAAACGAGUACUGAUGGCUAGUUAUGUAUAGAAACGUCAAGCAACAGUUUAUUUAAAUUCAAUUCUUGUAAUACAAUACGAGACUGUAUUCAAAAAUAAAAUGGGAGAAAUAAACAUAAUAAACUUAACAAAUUCUUUAAGUUCAUUUCAGUCUUAUAUUGAUGUAACACAUACAGCUGCUAACUUUAUCGAUUUGAUUUUUAAUUGUUUAAUAACCCCGAUCCUGUGUGCGUUUGGUAUCGUUGGAAAUAGUUUAGCAAUACUUAUUCUUAUUCAUAAUGGACUAAACGAAUCAACCAACAUAGUUUUAACAUUGUUAGCUGUAUCGGAUCUUUUCUUCUCAAUGACACAAAUGUGGUACCAGGUUUAUCUGACAUUCAAACGAUUUGAAACCAUAUCAGGAUCUUAUAUUCUCACAUACUUCGUUGUGUAUAUUUUAGAAUGGAACCAGUAUGCUAUAUGUAUAAGUGUUCAAAUGGUCACUUUAAUAAGUGCGGAAAGAUUCAUUGCUGUUGUGUUUCCUUUUGCUGCCUCUAAUUUACUUACAACAUUUCGUAUCAAGUGCAUCGUGGUUGGUAUUUUCUUAUUCUCAGCUGUAUUGUAUUUGUCACGAUCUUUGAUGUACAGGGUUAGAUGGAAAACGUAUCCAGAUUUAAACAACAGUACCGUCCCAGAAGUGGCAUACGUAUAUUUUUAAAAUACAAAAUGGAUUUGUUUGUAAUUUACAAUACGUGGAUAAUUUUCACAUAUGCUGUCAUUGUUCCCACUUUUGUUAUAGGGGUUUGCACAUCUUCAAUUAUUAUAAAGUUAACAAUUUCACAUAGAAAUGUAAAGAAUUUUUUCAAUGCUGUACCCCACUCUAAAAGAAUUAGGGAUUUUAAAUCCAUUAAGUUAACUCUCACAAUUUGCUUAAUCUUGAUUAUUUUAGUUUUAAUUCCAACGAAUACUUAUUUUAUUAUAGCCUAAGUAGCAAAUAAUUUCUUUACUUUUGAUGUUUCAGUGCUUAAGGAUAAUUUUGUGAAUUUUGUUUACCA